GUGUCCGGGCAGUUGUUUGAGACUCACUGCGUUGCUACGUCUAACAAACACACACGCGCACACGCAGACGCACACGCAGACACACGCAGACACACACACAUAGACACACACACGCAGACACACACACACGCAGACACACACACAUAGACACACACACAUAGACACACACACACAGACACACACACGCAGACACACACACACGCAGACACACACACAUAGACACACACACACAGACACACACACGCAGACACACACACGCAGACACACACACAUAGACACACACACAUAGAGACACACACACGCAGACACACACACACGCAGACACACACACACAGACACACACGCACACACACACACAUAGACACACACACAUAGAGACACACACACGCAGACACACAAACACGCAGACACACACACAGACACACACACACACACAGACACACACACGCAGACACACAAACACGCAGACACACACACACAGACACACACACAUAGAGACCCAUCGACCGUCGACUAUCUCACAGCUUCUGGAGGACGACGUCUCUCCCCGCUCGCCUGCCCCGCUGCUCCCACGAAGUUUCGUGGGAAGAUAUUCCACACGGGACAGGGCUGCGUGUCUCUGUGUGCACGCAUGGCGGUGCUGUGUCCAGGCUGGGCCCUGGUGAGUCUCGGCACGCUGAGUGUCGUCUCGGGAGUCGUCGCUUUCUUCCCGGGACUCAGCCUGCAGACGCAGCAGUUCGUGGCGUGGAGCAGCCGCGUCGCCUGCCCCGUGUGGGCCGGACUCAUGGCUGUGUGCGCUGGCGCUGUGACUGUGAGAUCCGGACUCAGGAAGCGGACUCGCUCACUGGCCGAGGCUUCGUGUGCUCUCUGCGUGCUGAGCGCGGCCUGCAGUGUCCCCCACCUGUCCCUGGCGCUCUGCUCGCUGCUCAUGGGCCCCCUGUGCCGCUACUCACACGCCGGCGUGGCCGGCACCGCCUACCUGGGCCAGGCCGUGCGCUGGCCAUACCCCUACGCCCUGUGGCAGGAGACGAGGACGUACUGCGUGGAGCCGCUGGGUGCCGAGUGGCAGCACCUGGCGCUGCAGGUUCUGGACGCGACGUUGUCCACCUCCGAGUUUGCGCUCGCACUCGCAGCCUGCGUGGGGCAGGGACGACGCCUGUUCCGCUCGCGGAACAAGGUGCGCAACCACGUGUGGUGAGUAACCACGCGUGGUGAGCGAACAGCGUGGUGAGCGUGGCACCACCACGAGGAGGAGGAGGGGGGGGGUGGAGACGCUGGCGCGAGACCCUCCGGACCAACGCUUCAAGUGCUCGUCUCCUGCACGCGUCACCGCUGCUACCCCCCCCAACUCCCCCGUCACACACAGAGACACAGACACACACACACAGGUACACACACAGACACACACACAGGUACACACACAGACACACACACACAUAGGUACACACACAGACACACACACGCACGUACACACACACGCACAGCUACACACACAGGUACACACACAUACACACGCAGGUACACACACACACGCACUCAGACACAGGCACACACACACGUACACAUACACAAACAGCUACACACACAGGUACACACACACGCACAGACACACACACACAGACACACACACACAGGCACACACACAGGUACACACACACACACACGCAGGUACACACACACACGCACUCAGAUACAGGCACACACACACACGCACUCAGAUACAGGCACACACACACACGUACACAUACACAAACAGCUACACACACAGGUACACACACACGCACAGACACACACACAGGUACACACACACACGCACAGACACACACACACAGACACACACACACAGGCACACACACAGGUACACACACACGCAUGCACGCGCACAGACACACGCACACACGCACGCAGACACACACACACGCGUGUAUAGUCCAUAGCCGUCAACCCCUUGUCAGCGCCCGACCAUAUCACCAAUUCAGACCGUGUUGGUCACCCCGUGCCAGUUAUACAUCUCAAAGUUCAUCCUACAAAGUCACUUUACACUACACUAUACACUACACUAUACACUACACUAUACACUACACUAUACACUACACACUUUACACUACUAUACACUACACUAUACACUACUAUACACUACACUAUACACUACACUACUAUACACUACACUAUACACUACACUAUACACUACACUACUAUACACUACACUACACACUACUAUACACUACACUAUACACUACUAUACACUACACUACACACUACUAUACACUACAAUACACUAUUACACACUAUACACUACACGACUAUACACUACACUUCUAUACCAUACCUGUCAACCCCUUAUCAGUGCCCUACCUUAAUUACAGACCAACUCAGACCUUAUUGGUCCCAUCACAAGAGAGAAACACAAACAGCCAAAAAAUAAAACCGUGUGCCCAAAUUGAAACGGCUGUACGCCGAACAGACCUGUACACUCAAGUUCCCUGUACAAGAAUCCGGGGUAAACCGUGAUGGGUUGAUAUCUAUGAUACACAUACAGUACAUACACAUAUAUACCCUACUCGUGUGGCUGUGGGCCUCCCCUAGGUCCACUCAGCCUCCUCAGAGUGAGCAGCAAUCAUCAGAUCAUCAGCAUACAUAACAUGGUUCGUCAUUAACCGCACCCGGGCACUGAUCAGCCCUCCCAUUGUAUCUGCUGUACCAGAUAGAAAUUCCUCUGGUACAGCCACGCCAGCGACGAUGAUUUGAACUGGUCCUGGCCCCCCCCUAGGUCGGCUCGGCCUGUAACGAGUACCUGGGGCGGUGUGUAGUGAGCAUCGCCACUGGGGAGACAAAGGCGGCCGGGCGUGGUGCUGGCCACCCACCCCUCGUGUGCCGUGCCGGCUUUCAUAAUGUGUCUGUUAAACUUCUUUGAUUCUUUCGGUAAAGUCGCGUAGAAAAUAAUAUAAAUUAACUAAUAGAAUAGGACGUUUCGAUUGCAACACAAGCAAUGGUCAUCAGGUGUGACUGAAUGAGAAAACAAAGCUAGUGGACUUAGAACUACAAUGCAAGACAACACAGAGAGUCGGCUAACACAGCAGUCAACACCCAACGUGGUUGAUUACGUUCUUACAAAGAAUGCUACAUUUGAGAGAGAGACAAAACACAGAGACACGUAGAAAGACACACAAGCAGAGAGAGACACACAGAGAGAGACAACACAGAGACACAGAGAGAGAGACACACACAGACACACA